AUUGCGAACGCGCUGUUUUAUUUUGAAAGGCGGAAGUUGUGCACAGGUCUUCCCGUUGUCAAGCCUGCGUUAUGAAAUGUGAGGAAGGAAAUAUUUAACGAUAAAUUUGUCUUGGAAUGAGCGAGUUUCUUCAAGGAGAGAAGGUAUAGUUAGUUUUCGACCAUAUACGUGUUCAACAAAGUAACAGAUCAUGUCAGCAGUCAAGGUUGCCCUACAGCACAGCUCAAAGAGUGGAAGGCGUAAAACCUCCAAGACAAUGUCUGCAGACGUGUCUCCAGACUCCAAGUGCCCCAUCUGUUUGGACGUAUUUCAUAAUAUGUCCUACUUGGACCGCUGCCUCCAUAAAUUCUGCUUCCGUUGUAUUCUGGAGUGGUCGAAGAACAAACCUGAGUGCCCACUGUGCAAACAGCCAUUUAGUUCAAUCUAUCACAGCAUAAAAUCAGACGAGGACUUUCAAAAAUAUGAACUGAAACAGCAGGUGGAAAAUUCCUCAUUUGGUUAUUUCGAAGGAGUUCGGUUUCGAUACCGAACGACUCUCACUGGGGUUCAUCGACAGAUGAGAAGAACCUCUCCGCCUCCAGAUAACGGAGUAAUGUUUGAAGCUUCCUCCGAUUUACCCCAGCAGAGACGGGAUCGAUACAUUCGCCGCAUGAUGAUGAGGUUGGCGGCUAAGAGGAGAGCUGCAAGCGAAGGCAGAGCUGUGAACAAUGUCAGGGAGCAAGAGAUGAUCAACUUUAGAAGGGAGCUCUACCGAAGGGGGGUGAGGGUGAGGAAUGUGAGGGACGGUGGGCGCUCCAGAGACACAUCCGCUGAAUUUUAUAGAAGAAAUCCUGCCUGCCUACACAGACUCGUCCCGUGGCUAAAAAGAGAACUGAUGGUGCUGUACGGGGCCCACGGCUCUUUGGUCCACAUAGUUCAGCAUAUCAUCAUGUCACGCAUUACACGCUACGAUAUGGAGGACGGAGCCAUCCAGGAAGAGCUCAGACCUUUCCUGCAGGGUCGUACAGAACACUUUCUGCACGAAUUCAUCAAUUUUGCAAAGUCCCCCUUCAAUUUGGAGGCCUACGACCAACAUGCUGUUUAUGAUUGCCCUGCACCCUCCUCCAAUGAGCACAGCAGCUCCAACUCCUCUGUAAUCGCCAUUUCAGAGGACGAGGAAAACUCUGCAGAGAUGGAACCUCCUGGGAACUCGGCAUCUACUCUGAGUCAGUCUUUGUGGGACGAUGAGACGCCUGGGCCUUCGUAUUCAACAACAACAGAGCCCAGCAGGCAAGACUUUCAGACAGUCCUGGACUUGGAUUCAGAAAGCAGCUCAGAAGACGAGCAGCAAAUGUUUGGGGCUUCUCCACCACAAAUUAGUUCUUAUAGCCAAACAGAUGUUGCUCAUGCAGACGGCACCAAUGAAGACUGUGCAUCUUCUGACGGUGAUGACUGUGUCAUUGUGGGAUAUGUUAAGCCUACAACAGAAAGGACUCCAGAGCUGGUUCAUCUGUCUUCCGACUCUGAUGGCUCUUCUGUUGAGGAGAACCAAGAAGCUCCUCUUCAGUCGCAACACAUCCGUUUCACCAGCUGUAGUCCUGCAAAUUCACACAGUAGUGAUUCCAGUAAGGCUGGAGAAACUCCAAAAGGCCAAACAGACCACCAUCAUCAGUCCUCCUCUAAAGAAAGACUUGGCUCAAACACAUACAAUACUUCAACUGGUAGAAGAACACAUAAAAGGUUUGACAGCAGGGAAAGGUCUAUUGAGGGACAUAAAUCAAAGGAGAGAGACCACAAGAGAAAGAAGAGCCACUCAAAGAGCAGAGGGCGCAAGUACUCUAGCAAAAGUCCAGUAAUUUCUCAAAGCACUUUCAGUUCUCAUGCCCGUCGUGGAAACUUCUCAAAAACUGAUGGACUGCAUGCAAGGAGGGACAGCGACCACAGCUACCAGUCAUACACCCAUUACAGACGAGAGAGGAAUGGUAGCGUAACUCACUACACACAGAGACGGUCCUACUAUUACAGCAGCCACAAGUACUCGCACUCCAAGUCCAGGAGCCGCAGCAGGGACUCGUCUCACCGACGAGACGGGAGGCGGUCUCGAUCCAGAGCGUUUUCCAGCAGCUGCUCCUCUUCGCCAGAAAGGAAAUCUCAUCACGACAAGCCUGGCGGCAAAAGGAAAUAUAAAGCUAAACAUUUGGCAGAACCGUCCAAGAACACCCAAAGUGGCCAAAGUGACUCCAUGUCGUUGACAAAACACAAGAAGACAAGCAAAGAGAAGCACCAUAAAAGAUCCAAAGAGAGGUCGAGGAGGAGAAGCAGGAGUGGGAGCACAGAGGUCGUCGGUGAGCGACACAAGCACCACCAUAAGAAGAAGAAGCACAAGAAGAAAAGUAAAAAAAGCAAGAGUUCCGAGCACAAAGCAAAGUCCUCGCCCAAUGUCAUUACAAUUGAGAGCGACAAUGAGUCAUUUGCCAAUCGCAGCAUCACGCCUGUCAGUAGAACUACUGAACAUACUUUCAUCGACAAUGCUGCUGAUGGCGGAGAAAACCCUGCCACAGUGGACCAAGCUUCACAAUCACAUUGAUGGAUUAAAUAUUCUAGAGCUUGCCACAAGUAUUUUGCAUCAGAACAGUCUUUAAACUAUCAGGUGUCCAGUUCUUCUUUUAUAUUAUUUUUAUUGUAACUAUGUUUUUCCACCGUAAAUUCCAUAUGUCUCACAAACGAUGUACGUUCUACAGUUCAAAACAGAUUAUCUUUAAUGACAUUUUGUAUCAAAACUGUCUGGUAUGCCCACCAUGUAAAAAGUUAUUAAAGGCUGUUUUACAUGACAGUGCUACCAAGGUAGAGGGGUAAAUAUUUUUGAAUUGUAUAUUUUACAAGCAUGAGCUGUUAUUUUGUUAAAAUAUUGAAAUAUUGCAAUGUGCAGAGGUGUCUGUUUAUUCAGGGAUUUUAAGCCUUUCUGUUGUAAUUAUGGCACAGAUCUACUUUUAACUGCCAGUAAUUCAGUUGUUACCAUUAAAAUGGCACUGUGAUUUCAAAAAU